CGCAAGUCCACAUUUCCUCUGUCUGCUCCAUUACAAGAAGGGUGUCAGAACAGAGGCAGAACAAAUGGUGGUAUGGAGCCAGCCAUGCAAAACCCUGGAGCGAGAGAGAAGUCCAGGAAGGCAGGCUGGAUCAAGCUUGCAAGCAGGGAGUCUCUGCGGGAAGCAAAUGGCACCUUUGCCUUAAACCUUUUGAAAAUACUGGGAGAAGACAGCUCAAAAAAUGUAUGUUUCUCACCCAUGGGCAUCUCCUCGGCCCUGGCCAUGGUCUGCAUGGGGGCAAAGGGAGACACUGCAAGCCAGAUGAUUCAGGCGCUUUCUUUGGUUAAAUGCAGCAGCAGUGGAGGUGGAGAUGUCCACCAGGGCUUCCAGUCACUUCUCAGUGAAGUGAACAAGACCGGAACACAGCACUUGCUCAAAACAGCCAACAGGCUCUUCGGGGAAAAGACUUUUGCUGUCCUAGCAUCUUUUAAAGAUUCCUGCCGCAAUUUCUACGAAGCAGAGAUGGAAGAGCUGGACUUUCAGGGAGAUACAGAGCAGUCCCGACAGCACAUCAACACCUGGGUGGCCAAAAAGACAGAAGAUAAAAUCAGAGAGUUGCUGUCUCCAGGUACACUGAAUUCAGACACUCUGCUGGUCCUUGUGAAUGCCGUCUACUUCAAAGGAAACUGGGAGAAGCAGUUUAACAAACAGGACACCUGGGAGAUGCCUUUCAAAAUCUCCAAGAAUAAGGAGAAACCUGUGCAAAUGAUGUUUAAAAAGUCUACCGUUAACAUGACCUAUAUUGAAGAGAUAUCCACCAAGAUUCUAUUGCUUCCCUAUGCUGACAAUGAGCUGAACAUGAUCAUCAUGCUUCCAGAUGAGCGUGUUGAACUGAGAACGGUGGAAAAGGAAAUAACUUAUGAGAAAUUCAUCGAGUGGACAAGGCUGGACAAGAUGGAUGAAGAAGAGGUGGAGGUUUUCCUCCCACGGUUUAAACUGGAGGAGAAUUAUGACAUGAAGGAAUUCCUGUGCAAGCUGGGCAUGACUGAUGCCUUUGAGAACAGGGCAGACUUUUCUGGAAUAUCUUCUAAGGAAGGCUUGUUUCUGUCCAAGGUUGUGCAUAAGUCCUUUGUGGAGGUCAAUGAGGAGGGCACUGAGGCUGCGGCUGCCACCGCCGCCAAUGUAUCUUAUAACUGUAUGUCCCCCUGCUUCUUUGCCGACCACCCCUUCCUUUUCUUCAUUCAGCAUGUUAAGACCAAUGGCAUUCUGUUCUGUGGCCGGUUCUCCUCUCCCUGAGGAAAGGAUGUUCCUGUGUCUGCUUUGUAUGCACUCUCCAUGGUUUGCCUGUGACCCAAGUGAUGUCAUCAAGUACAAUGACAGUUUUGAAAUAAAGGCUUUAUGGCACCUCA